AGAUAAGAGGAUUUAAACUGGAGUGUGAAGCAGCUUGAUAAUUAAAUAUGUGCGCAACAACAGAGGCUUGGGUUGUGGCAACCAGUGUCGGGGUUGUGGAGGCCUUGAAAGAUCAAGGUUUUGGCAGGUGGAACAACGCCGUGAGGUCAAUACACAAGCAUGCCAAGAACCAAGUAAGAUCGGCAGCUCAGGCGAAGAAACUCUCUCAGCCUUCGUCUUCGGCGGCGGCGUUAUCAAAAAAGCCCAGAGAUGAUGAGAAGAUAAACAGGUCAGAGGAGUCUCUCAGAACAGUCAUGUUCUUGAGCACCUGGGGCCCCAACACCUAAAUCAGAAGCUUUAUAUAUCAGAGAGACAAUCCCACACGCAUGCGCGGGCACGGAUGGAUAAUGGACCUACUGAGAAGCCACUUACCUUUCUAGUUUCUAUGGGGUCAAAUCGUUCACAAGCCGUUCUGGCCAUGAUAAGUUGAUACGGCCGUUUAUGUGUAAUGCUUAAAGAUACAUAUGUAAACUAUAAAUUUCGAUUUUGAUUUCUGAAGCGAUGAAAUCUGCUUCUUCGGAAAAA